GGGCCUUCCCUUCCUCCAGGGGAGACCCUUCAGGAGAAGAAAGAAGAGGAGGUCCAUCUGGGAGGCUAGACCCCCAAGGAGGAGGGGGAGACACUGCUGAGACAGUGGGCCUGAUCAAAUGAGUGGGAAAUGUAAUAAGACCUUAAAGAACAGCUGAACAGAGAAUGUGGGCAUUUUGCAUCACAGCAGCUUAGCAACAUAUUUACCCUGAGACAGAUGGGGGAGGAAUAUCUUUGAUCCUAUUGGUGGCUUAAUUGGCAUAAAAAAUGAAGAUGGAUGAGCCAGGCUUAGCUGCUCCUGAAGGAGAAAGAGACCCUGAUGACCGCAGUGCUGAGAGCAGUGGGGAAUUCUGGGAGAGGACAAUCCAGAAGAGGUUCCUGGGUGAGGACCUUGCUAGCUCAGACAUACAGUGCCAGCACUUCAGACAGUUCUCCUUCAAGGAGGGUGAGGGACCUCGAGAGGUUUGCAGCCGACUUCACUAUCUCUGCUGUCAGUGGCUGAAACCAGAGCACCACACAAAAACUGAGAUCCUGGACCUGGUGAUCUUGGAGCAGUUCCUGACCAUCCUGCCCCUGGAGAUGGAGAAGUGGGUCAGGGAAUGUGGAGCAGAUACCAGUUCCCAGGCUGUGGCCCUUGCAGAAGGUUUCCUUCUGAGCCAGAAAGAGGCUGCAAAAAAGCAGAAAGAGUCGCAGGUCAGCAAUUUCUUGACAGAAGUUCACUCUGUGGCAGAGAAGGCACCAUUGGACAUGAGCCAGAGUUCCCAAAAGAGGGAGAUCAAGCAGGAAUGUGAUGGAGGGCCCCUCUUGAAAGAGGCUGGAAUGAUGCCACCAACAAAGAUGCAGUCAUCUCUUCCUACUCUUUGCAAUGGACCAGAACUAGAUCAUGGCCUGGUGACUUUUGAGGAAGUGGCCAUGUCUUUCUCCCCAGAGGAGUUGGCCCUGCUGGAUUCUGACCAGAGAGCCCUGCACAGAGAGAUCAUGGCGGAGAUCCAUGGUAUCAUGGCUUCUCUUGCAGAAAAUGGGGGGAAAACAUACGUGUGUGCAAAGUAUGGAAAGUAUGGAAAGUGUUCUAGGCAAAACCUGGGACAUACCAUCCACCGGGAAGCCCAACAUUCAGAAGAGGAAAGUUAUAUCAAAGAAAAGCGCUACAAAUGCAAUGUACUUGUGCCUCACAGAAGACUGCACAAUGAGAAAAAACACUUGAAAUAUGGAGGUUCUGUGAAAGGUUUUGAUUAUAAAUUGUACAAUGUGAACCACCAAGAUGCCCACAUAGUAAAGAAACCACACAAAUGCUGGAAGUGUGGGAAAUGCUUUGCUGACAGUUCACUACUUAUGGCACAUCUGAAAGUGCACACAGACCAUGUGAACCACUGGAAAGUCCACAGAGGAGAGAAACCAUUGAAAUCCAGGGAAUGCAGGAAAUAUUUUCCUCAAAGGUCCAUCCUUGUGAGGCAUGAGAACAUCCACACAGAAAAUAAACACCACAAAUGUCAGGUAUGUGACAAACAUUUUGCUCGAAAGGCAUGGCUUGUGAUUCAUCAGAGGCUGCAUACGGGAGAGAAACCUUACAAGUGCCAGGAGUGUGGAAAAUGUUUUACUGAGAAUUCAGCCCUUUUGAUCCAUCAGAGUGUUCACACAAGAGAAAAAACAUGCAAAUUUCAAGAAUUGGGGAAAUGUUUUGUUCAGAAUUCUCACCUUCUAGGCCACCAGAGAACUGACACAGGAGAGAAACCAUACCAGUGUCAGGAGUGUGAGAAAAGUUUUGCUCGAAAAGCAGAUCUUGUGAAACAUCAGCGAGUGCACACAGGUGAGAAACCAUACGUAUGCAAGAUGUGUGGGAAAUGUUUUGCUCACAGUUCAAAUCUUAUAAGCCACCAGCGAGUUCACACAGGAGAAAAACCAUACAAAUGUCAAGAAUGUGGGAAAUGUUUUGCUUAUUACUCAGUCCUUUUCAGUCAUCAGAGAAUUCACACAGGAGAGAAGCCGUACAAAUGCCAUGAGUGUGGGAAAUGUUUUCCUCAGACUUCUUCUCUUCUAGGCCAUCAGAGAGUUCACACAGGAGAAAAACCAUACAAAUGCCAAGAAUGUGGGAAAUGUUUUGCUCAGAAUUCACACCUUCUAGGUCACUGGAGAAUCCACACAGGAGAGAAACCAUACCAAUGCCAGGAAUGUGGGAAAGGGUUCGCUCGUAAAGCAAACCUUGUGAACCACCAGAAGAUCCACACAGGAGAGAAACUAUACAAAUGUCAGGAGUGUGGGAAAUGCUUUUAUUGCAAUUCACAACUUGUGCGACAUAAAAGCAGCCACACUGGAAACAAACUNUACAAAUGUGAGAUGUGUGAAAAAUGUUUUGCUCAAAAGGCAGACCUCGUGAAGCACCAACGAGUCCACACAGGAGAGAAGCCAUACAAAUGCCAGGAAUGUGGGAAAUGUUUCGCUCAGAAUUCAAGCCUUCACAGCCACCAGAGAAUCCACACAGGAGAAAAACCAUAUAAAUGUGGGGAGUGUGGCAAAUGUUUUGGCAACAGUUCGCAUCUUGUGAACCACCAGAGAGUCCACACAGGUGAAAAAUCCUAGAAAUGUCAGGAGUGCGGAAAAUGUUUUGCUUAGAAGGAAGACCUGUUGAUCCACCAGUGAAUUUGUACAGGAAAAAAAUGUAACAAUGCCAGGAGUGUGCAAAAUGUUUUGUUUCCAAGUCAGAAUUUGCAAAACACCAGAGGAUCCACACAUAAUAGAAUCCAUUUAAAUGCCAGGAAUGGCAAAUAGCUAUUGCUGUCAAGUUCUUCCUAAUGGUUUGGUGGAUUCUCCUUUCUUCUAAUUUGAAUCUAUUAGUUCAUGUCCUCUUCCUUAUAACAGAAAGAAACAAGAUCACUCCAUCUUCUGCAUGACAGUCCUUCAGAUGUUUAAAGAUGGUUAUGAUAUCACUUCUCGGUUUUGUCUUCUCUAAUCUAAACAUACCCAGUUCCUUUAAUUGUUCCUCAUAGAGCUUGCUCCCCAAACCUUUUACCAUCUUGGUCUCCUUCUAGACACAUUCCAGCUUGUCAGUAUCUUUCUUAAACUGCAGUGUGCAAAAAUGAACACAGUACAUUCCAGAUAAGCCCUGACUAAAGCAGAACAAAGUGAUACUGCUACUUCCCCUCAUCUAAGGAUAAUGCUUCUCAUGAUAUAACAUAAAAAUGCAAACCAUAGCUUAUUUUAUUGUUUACUGCUAUCCUAUAUUGCCGACUCAUGAUAACCUUGUGGUCUACUAAGACACCUAGAUCAUUUUCACAUGUACAUCUCUUAAGCCAGAGGGGCCUUGAAAGAGGAAGAGGAAGAGUGUACUUACUGACAUCACCUGCAGAAUACAACUGAUCAGCUUAUUUCCACUCUCCAUAAACUGCUGGAAAACAGUUCUUACAAUCAAAUACUUCUUAAUGUUUUGCUGGAAUCUCUUUUCUUGUCAUUUGAAAUUGCGGGUUCUGGUCCCAUUCACUCAAGUAACAGAAGUCAAACGCUCUCCCUCUUCCACAUCAGUCCUUCAGAUGUUCAAUUAAAAUUGUCAUGUUAGCUCUCCAUCUUUUCCAGAAAAAGCAUAGGUAAGAUAUAUAAUUCCUUCAACUGUUUCUCAUGGAGCUUAGUUUCCAAACCCUUUACUGUCUUGGCUGGCCUUCUCUGGAUACAUUCCAGCUGGCCAUUGUCCAUCACGGUGAUGCCCCAAACUAGACACAGUGUUCCAGGUAAGGCCUUACCAAACUGGGACAGAGUGCUCUUCUUCCUCCUGGUCUGGUUCCUAUACCUCUGACUAGAUUUGCACUGGCAGUUUUGCUGCUACUAUCAUACUGCCGAUUCUUUUUGAAUUUGUGUCUACUAAGACAGUGGUUCUCUAACUGUGGGGCAGGACCUCUAGGGUGGCAUGGGAGUUGCUCAAGGGGGUACAAGUUCCUUCUGAAACCUGUUUGUGCUGGAGGAGAAGAGAAAUGCAAGGAAGGUGCUUGGAGCCUCUGCCCGAGGGAAGAGGAAGAGAGCCAUUUCCUUAUGUUAAAAUAUGAAUAUACACAGGUGUAUGAACAAAAAUAAACGCUCUAAACAAACAAAAUAUUUUAUUCAUAUCCUCCAUCAAGCCAGGGGGAGGCAACAUCCAGAUGUAGAUGUAAAGGGGGUCACAAGGGUAAAAAGUUUGAGAACCACUGUAUAUCCAUUUCACACUUAAAUCCAUUUCCCACUAACUUAUCCUACAGCUGGAGGCUUAAUGAAAAAUAUCCCUUUUGCUUCUUAGCCCAGCCACUAAAUGGCACAGGGGAUGGAUUGGCAGGGGAAACAAGAGUUCUGUACUUAGACGGAGAAGGAAUGUCUAAUUGAGCUUUAUGCUCCACCAGAGCUAUCUUGGCUUUUGUCUAUAGGUUUUCAUCACCUCUCCUCUGAAGCCAGAUACUCCGCUGAGAAUGUUUGUGUAUCUGACUUUUGCUACCCAAGUGUAAUGUAAUUAAUUCUUGUUGAAGUUCAUGUUGUUAAUGCUGGCCUAGUAAUCUGCUAAGGACAUUAUGUAUCAUGACAAUCCCUAUUCUGUCCCUGUCACCCACCUUCAAAAACACACACUAGAACCCAGCAGAGGGAACUGGAAUCCCAAUACGUCACAGCAACCUCCCAUCCUGCACCCUGGGCCUCACCUGCUACUGAACAGAGAAGACAAGAAGACAAGGCUGCGACAGGUUUACACACACUGCAGUUUCAUCCAGCCAGGACUCUGCUAUGCAAGCCAGGCCAAUAUUCCUAUCCUGGAUCAAGCCUUGGAUCAAGGGUAGUCCCCCCCCCCCCCCCUUUACCAACCUGGUACUGAGGAACAGGGUUUUCAGCAAAAGGCCCCAUUGCCAACACUAUCAUGCUAUUUCAAGUGUGCCUCACCAUUUUCUACUAUGAAGUUUAUGUGACCGUUAUAAGGUCAAGUAGGUAGAGUUCUUGCCCAUCUCUUUUCUCAGAGGCACCGCUAAGGUGGAGACCAUGAUGACUCCCCCCCCCCCAAAAAAAAAGUAGACUUCAGAAGAAGAUCUGUUGUGUUUCCUGCAAAUGGUAAUAUAACUUCCCAUCCAAGGAUGGCUGGUUCCCAAACGUUUUGGGAUAUGUGGAAAUGUAAGAAAUUUUGAAGAGGUAUUUAUUUAGGGUUGAUUGGGGAUUAAAUUUAAAAACAUCAGCUAGAGAAGGCAAUGAAGGAAAGAAUUUUAACCAGCCUUUUCAUAUAAAGGUCGAAAUACACUCUUAGAUAAUUCUCCUUUUGAAUUAAACAAUGCCUGGCUAUUUUGGGUUCAGACCAUUCUUAAUAAAAAAAAUAUGACCCUACUAUUUUGAUAAUUUUAAUUUGUUCUAAUAUUCAAACUUGAUAACAUCCUACUUAUUGAUGGCUGGAGAUGAGUGUGUGCGGUCACAUGAACAUCUUCUAAAUCAAAUCAUGAUGCAGACUCCAAUGAGAUUUGCAACAUGGUGAAUGCUCACCUAAUUUUAUAAAAUCUAUGGAAAAAGAAUAAGAAAAAAAACCCAAUAUGAAGUCAAAGGCUUUCAUGGCUGGCAUCUAUAGUUUUUUGAGUGUUUUUCGGGCU